AUGAGAUGGUACUGGGACUCGUGUGGUGGGCCGAAGAUAAGAUCAGAGACGAUCGACUAUAAGACCCACAUCUUCUUGACACCAUCACCUUCUCCGUUCGUCAGCCCGGGAAGACAUCCGAAGGAACCAGAAUCUUCCGAGAUGCUUCGCUUUGUCCUCAUAGCCAGUCUGUGCGUGCUGGUGCUGAUAGGUGGCGGCGAAGGAAAGAAGAAGAAGAAAGGGAACAAGAAUGGGUCGGAAUGCUCCUCGGGUGGUACCUUACACAGUGUGACAUGCGACCUGAUACGGUGCGCAUUCAUCAGCCAGUUAAGCGGAUGUAACUUAUUUACGCCUGUUGUAAGGCUACCUGCGAAAUGUAGAACAACCGUACUGUCUUACUUCUAUGGGCCAUUCAAGUGCAUGGAACCAAAAUACAACGAAUCCUUCGUCGUCGAACACAUUGAACCAGAAGCAGUCAGCAAACGUCGACGAAAGCGACAAGCGGAUGGAGGUUCUAAUUUCGACGACUCAUUUUUAUAUUUUCAGUGUAUGCUUCUGGGAAAUUGCCCAGUGCCAUAGUGAUCCAUUUACCAAUGCGAAAGCAAUCUUUACCUGAAUUCCAAAGCCAACAUGUUUUUUUUAUACUCGAAGGUCAAAACGAAACUAACUGAUGAAUAAAAAAGUGUAACAUACCAAUCGGUCUUUUUUUAAAUCCACAUUCGGAACUUUCGACGAUUUUAAUCCGAAGCAAAGUGGAAAAUGACCCGGAAUUACUACUGGACACUCUCUGAAUCGAAGGUUAAUUCAACCUCUCCGAAUGCAAAAUUGGUUGAUCCCUGGAGGCCACUCAAAAACAACGCUUUUGAUUGGCAUAUUUCUAACGACGAAACUGAUGUGGCUAAAUUCAGCAAGUCUAUAUGGGAUGAUUGAUACGACCGAUGUAUAAACAUCUGUCAGUGUUUUUCCAAAGUAGUGUUUCGUUUUCCCGCUAUUCUCGGAUAAAAGUAACUUAAAGGAGACAUGAAUUGUCCAGGCAACUCGUUGUGGAAAAAUACAGCUGGUGGCCUACUUGAACCAAAGUUUGCAUUCGGAAAUACGCGAAUGACCGCGCUGACUACUCAACUGGUAAACGACUCGGACUGGAUACGGACUGUCUCUGCGUAAUAUCCUCUUGCCCUCGUCUGCUCGCCAACAAGCAUCAAAAUAACACUGUUGAUAAACUCAUGUUCAUGAUAAACUGUAGUAGCCAAAGCAAAUAAAGGAAGUUUUACUUUCUAA